AUGAAUGACGUGAAGCUGGCUGUCUUGGGUGGUGUAGGAACAGGCAAAUCUGCCCUUACAGUAAGGUUCCUUACCAAGAGAUUCAUUGGAGAAUAUGCAUCCAAUUUUGAAUCUAUCUACAAUAAAUAUUUAGAUUUCGAAGGAAAGCAGCUGAAUCUGGAAAUACAUGAUCCUUGUUCUCAACCACAGAAAGCAAAAUUCUCCCUCACGAGGGAGCUCCAUUGGGCCGAUGGCUUUGUCAUUGUGUAUGAUAUCAGUGACAGGUCGUCUUUUGCUUUUGCGAAAGCACUGAUCUACAGAAUCCGGGAGCCACAAACUAGUCAUUGUAAAAGAGCUGUGGAAUCAGCAAUGGUUUUGGUUGGCAAUAAGCAAGAUCUGUGCCACAUGAGAGAAGUUGGCUGGGAAGAGGGGCAAAAGCUGGCCCUAGAUCACCGGUGCCAAUUCUGUGAGCUGUCUGCGGCCGAGCAGUCUCUGGAGGUAGAAUUGAUGUUUCUCAAAGUUAUCAAGGAUGUGCUGACAAACUCCAAACUCAAAGAAAAAAGAAGACCAAGUGGAUCUAAAUCCAUGGCCAAAUUAAUCAAUAAUGUGUUUGGAAAGAGAAGGAAAUCUGUGUAGGGGAUUUGUCAUGUCACAGAAUUUUAAAG